AUGAGCCUUAAAUUUUUUACAAUAGUAAAAGAGUAAUCUGCUUGCAUAGUUGAACGUUUUGGAAAAUAUCAUAAAACUCUUAAUCCUGGAUUACAUUUUCUCAUUCCAAUUAUGGAUAGAAUAUCAUACAAUAUGUCUUUGAAAGAAGAAACAAUUACUGUAGAAAAUUAGCAAGCUAUUACUAAAGAUAAUGUCACUGUAUUAAUUGGAGGAACUUUAUUUAUUAGAAUUGAUGAUCCUUAUAAAGCAUCCUAUAAUGUAGAAAAACCUUUAGAAUCUGUAAAGCUUCUUGCAUUAACAGUAUUAAGAAGUGAAAUAGGUAAAAUCAAGUUGGAUAAACUAUUUAAAGAGCGUCAGGAAUUAAACAAAGCUGUCAAUUAGGCUGUAAAUAAAGCAGCUAAUGUUUGGGGAAUAAACUGCCUAAGAUAUGAGAUUUUAUAAAUAGAUCCUCCCAAUGAAAUUAAAUAGAGUAUGUAGUAUGAAGCUGAGGCAGAAAGAUUAAAAAGAAGAGAAGUUGUUAUAUCAGAAGGAAAGUAAUAAUCUGAAAUUAAUAUUUCUGAAGGUAAGAAAAUUUCAUAGAUCAAAUCAGCUGAGGGAGAUGCUGAAAGUUUAAAAUUGGUUAGUACAUCAGAAGCAGAAGCAUUGAAAUUAGUAGGGGAAGCUUUGGACAGAGUAAAGAAAUAAAAUAGUGUCUCAUAUAUUUUAAUAUAAAACUACUUAAAGAAUUAUGAAAAAACCUUAAGAAAAAGUAAUUUAAUUAUUGCUCCUGAAGGAAAAGUUUCAUCAGAUGGAAAAUCAAAUGGCAAUAAUGACCUUAUUACUGUAGCCGCAAUGUUAAUGCUUAAUAGCACUUCAUAAGGAAGAAAAAUAACUUAAGAUAUUUCAAAUGGAGUUUAAGCUUACGAGAGCUAGUAAAGUAUGAAGUAGCUUUAAAACAACAACUAUGCUUAAUAGAAUAGUCUUUCUGAAUAUCCUGAUUUGAUAUAAAAGAUGAAAUUCUAUGAAGAUCCUAUUCUUUAUUCAUCAGAUGAUGAAGCAAAGAAAAACUAAUAUUAACAAUAAUAGCAAUCAAAAUAGUUUGAUGAUCAGUCUAGUUAUAGAGACGAUUAUAAUGAAAAGCCCUUGAAGAUUAAAGUUUGA